CUACAUGAGAUUUAAACAAAUUACCCAGAUGCAACACUUCCCCAAGCAUGCGAUCUUCUUCCAUAAUUUUAAAGAAUUCACUCCAUAUCUCCCAAUUAACCUUCAACUAAAUCAGGAAUACAUACAUAAAAAUUAAAAUUGGCAAACUCUAUUACCUUAAUCACUAAAUUUAAUUAUAGAUAAUAACAAUAUCAAUAUUAAUAUGGAGUAAGUAAUAAACCAUCAUAAUCACCAAAAAUACCAUCAUCAUAUAAUUCAAAAAAAAAACUUCCCAGAAACCACCACUCUUCAGUUUCUCUCUCCUCCACCUCUUUUUCUGCAGAAAACUUUGUUUAAUUUUCCUGGCAUUUUCUCUUUGUUUAUCAUCUUAAAUUACCCACCAAAAAUUUAAUAAUUCUGAAUAUUUUUCUGUCUUGAUUUCUGCAAAAUUUCAUAAAUCCCCCUUAAUUUUCUCUCUCUUCCGCCAUGGACGGCAACGAGUCUUUCUCUUUCCCUUUCUUCUUUCUCUCUCCUCAUUAAUUUCUCUGUUUUCUCUAAAUUUCAUGUAGUAUUAAAUUCAAUUGAAUCCCCCAUUUUUUUCCCACGACCUAAGAAAUCAAAUCAAAAUCAAAGUAAAUUAAUUACAGUAAUUUAUUUAUUCAGAGAUGCAAAACCCUUCACCUGAAUCAGCUGGAUGAUAUGACUCAAAUUGUAGUAUUUCUACUAUCACUGCAAUUUUCUCACUCUAAUUUGAAUUGGGAAAUUAGGGUUUUUAAUUUAAUGGGGUGUGGAACUUCAAAAGCUGAAGAUCUACCAUUGGUAAGUUUUUGUAGAGAGAGAAAAGAUUUGAUUAAAUCUGCUUCAAAUCAUCGUUUUGCUCUUGCUGCUGCUCAUAUUGCUUAUUUUCGUCAAUUGAAAGAUGUGGGUGAUUCCCUUUGUAAAUUUGUUGAAGAAGAAUUGAUUCUCUCUGCUUUUAACUCUUCAUCUUCUUCACCUUCUUCGCCUUCUUCUCUCUCCUCCCCUGUUCUUACGCUUCCUUCUGAUGAACCCAAGAAGAAGCCGAAGAAGGGGUUUCAUACUAGCAAUAAGAAGGUGAAAUCCAAGAAAGGGUCUUCUUCUUCGACCUCGAUUUCUCAUAAUUUGAGAGGGGUUGAUGGUAAUGAUCAGAAUUCUCAUUUGCAUUUAUCUGAUGAUGAAGAUGAUGAUGGUUUAGAGAAGGAUGAUAUCGGUUCGUCUUUUGAUCACCGGCAUUCAAAUUCCGGGCAUUUGGAUAUUGAUGAUGAUGAUGAAGAUGAAGAGGAUGAAGAUGAACAUGAACAUGAUUUGAAGAGAGAGAAAAUGAAGAAGAAAGGAGGAGAGAGAAAGAGGGUUGAAUCUCCUCAACCUGGGAUUUCUUACAUUCCUGAUUCUGAGUUUUCUGGUAUUGCUAGUAAUUAUCCUUACCCUUUUGAUUAUUCUUAUGUUACUGGUAAUAUUAAUAAUAGUAAUAAUCAUCCUUAUUAUCAACCUCCUCAAAAUGUUGAUAAUGCUGGUAUUCCACCUUAUUAUUAUACAAAUCCUAAUGUUGGUUCAUAUUACCCUGAUAAUGGUUAUAGUAGUUAUGAUUAUAAUGGUGGAAAUUAUAAUUAUAAUGGUGGGAGUAAUUCGUAUGGUACAACAACGUCAUAUACAACUUACUAUAUGAAGAAAUCUUCAACUAGGAUUCCUUCCGUUAUUUACGAGGAGCCUAAGCAGAAUCCGGUGUAUGCUUACUCUGAGUAUAAUGGUCAGUCGAGUUAUUCGAAUUACUCGAAUUUCGGGUUUAGUACGAAUUCGGAGAGUAGGGGGAGCAGUGUGCCACAACAGCCACAGCCACAGCCACGGCGGCCUCCAACACCGCCUUCGCCUAAGGUGUCAGCCUGGGAUUAUUUUAACCCGUUUGAGACUGUGGAGGGUGGGGGUUAUUUGGGUUAUUUUGGUCAGAAUCCGGGUUAUGGGUUGGGGUCGAACUCCAGUAGUCCUGAUUCGAGGGAGGUAAGGGAGAGGGAAGGGAUUCCAGAGUUGGAAGAGGAAACUGAGAGUGAAGUCAGUAAGGAGCCUUAUUACUAUGAUAAGAAGAAAGUGCAAGAAGAGUUUAGUUUUCCCAAAAGUAAGAAUAAAACAGUUCAAUUUGAGGAUGGGAAGGGAAAGAGUAGGAAGAGUAGUGGUAAUUUUGGUGAGGGUACUUCGAAGGGGGCGAGGGCGAGGGUGCCUUUGCAGCAUCCUCAAAGGGAGGAGCCGCAACCGGAGGAAGCUGUAGAAGUAGAGAAGGAGGCAGAGAUAGUUGAGGUUAGAGAUGUGAAGGGGAGAAGCAGCAUUAGUAGUCCUGAAACUGAGACUAGCAUUUCCACUAGUAUAGAGGAUGUGUCUGUUAAGAAGAGAGGGGUGAGCUUUGAUGUUGGAGGGAGUGGAAAUGGAGGCGGAGGAGGACCUUCGUCUCUUGAUAUUGAAUCAUCUAAGCCAAGUAGCUCCACAAUGUUGUCAACCAAUGGCACCCGUGAUCUUAGAGAAGUUGUAAGGGAAAUCAAAGAUGAAUUUGUGGCUGCUACUGAUUAUGGGAAAGAGGUCUCUGUGUUGCUUGAAGUGGGGAAAGAGCCAUACAAGUCUCGCUCCUCCUUUUUGAAAGUGAUUUUGGCCAGGGUCUGCUCUACAUCACUGUCAUCUUCGUAUUCUCCAUCUUCCCUGCCUGGAGGAUAUCCUGGGAAUGCUGAUGAGGAUUUUGACUCUCACAGCCUGGCAUCAGCUCUGGAAAAGCUAUAUAUGUGGGAGAAGAAACUAUACAAGGAAGUCAAGGAUGAGGAGAGGCUUAGGGUUCUGUAUGAGAAGCAGUGCAAAAAGCUGAAAACUCUGGAUGAUCAAGGUGCGGAGAUUAGCAAGAUUGAAGCUACUCAGGCUUCAAUAAGAAAGAUGCUGACCAGGCUUAAUGUCAGCGUCAGAGCUGUAGAUUAUGUAUCCCGCAGGAUACACAAAUUGAGGGAUGAAGAAUUGCAGCCUAGAAUGAAGGAAUUGAUUUAUGGAUUGAGAAAGAUGUGGAAGCUGAUGCUUAAGUGUCACCAGAAGCAAUUCCAAGCUAUCCUAGAAAGUAAAACCCGUGCACUAAAAGCAAAUACCGGAAUGAGAAAAGAUUCAAGUGUGAGGGCUACAAUUCAGCUUGAAGCAGAACUAUUAAAAUGGUGUCAUCGAUUUAACAACUGGGUUGAUAUGCAAAGGUCCUAUGCCGAGACUUUAAAUGGCUGGCUUGAAAAGUGUAUUCAUUAUGAACCUGAAGUGACCGCAGACGGUGUCAUCCCUUUUUCUCCUUCCCGAAUUGGUGCCCCGCCAGUGUUUGUAAUAUGCCAUGACUGGAAACAAGCUAUGGAAAGAGUAUCAGGAUCGGAGGUACAAACGGCAAUGAACGAUUUUGCUACAAGCUUGCAUCAAUUGUGGGAGCGGCAAGAUGAAGAGCAACGUCGAAGGGUGAAAGCAGAGAACAUGUACAAAGAUUUUGAAAAACAAAUCCGAGGCAUUAAAAUGAACAGGCAAAGAAGGGGACAUGAUCACGAUGAUGCCUUGUCAGACAAGAAUAGUCUCUCAAUGAUUGCUUCUGAAAGUGGGAUUUCCCCCCUCGAUGAUCUAAAGGUGGAUUUAGACUCAAUGAGACAGAGAGUAAGGGAAGAGAGAGCAGGCCACAAGGAAGCUGUUAAACUAGUCCAUGAUGCAGUAUCUCGCUCCAUACAAGCUGGUUUGAUUCCGAUUUUUGAGUCGCUGGAGAGUUUUACUUCAGAAGCUUCGAAAGCUUUUGAUGAUGUCAGGUUAGAACAUGGCAGUAGUUCAUGAGAAAUCAUGUACCUUUGUCCUUAAUUAAAAUAGUUGGAUUAGGUUAGAAGUAGAAAGACGAACAUAGACCUUAGGCAAUGGAGUAAAUCGAUAGUACAGCAACUGAUUACUGCUAGGUUUCCGGAAGUUGCAGGAGUUUGUUGUGAGUCUGAUAUCUGCUUCUGCAACAGCUUAGAGGUAGCAACUUGUACAGAAUUUUGUCUAUUAAUUUCAUUCGUUCAGAUCGAAGAACUAGUGUCAGAUAUGAAGCAGUGAAGGAAUAUAUUAGCUUGCCAAUUGUCAAAUAUGUAAACAUUAUAUUGGUCCAUGGUCUAAUUAGUGUUUAAUCUUCCAUCUGAGCCAUUUAA